GUUGCUUAUUGUUAUCAGUACAGCUUCUAGGACACAGCGGGCAUAAUCACUAGCUUUUAAUUAACGAUUUUGAUUUAAAUAAAACGUCAUGUCUUUUCAAGGCUCCUAUGUAACAGCAGCAGUUGCUACCGCUGGUGUGAUUGGGGGCGCGUAUUGUGCCUACAACAUUUACCAAGUGUAUCAGAAACCAACAUUACCAACAGUAUGGAACGAAGUUGGGACUUUGAAAGAUCUCUAUGUGUACCCGAUAAAAUCUUGUGGGCCGAUAAUUCUUAAUACAGCGGAAUGUACAAUUUUAGGACUGAAAGAUGGCUGGUUGCGGGAUCGAGUUCUUAUGGUGGUUGACGAUAAAAACAACUUUAUUACUGCCAGAGCGUACCCUGAGUUAUUGCUUGUGCAUCCCAAAGUCAGAAAUUCAAUUCUUACAUUGAAUUGCAAUGGUAUGGAAUCCAUUGACAUCAACUUGGCAGAGGUAAUAGCUCUACAAACACCAAAACCGGCUACUGUUUGGGGUGUCACGGUUCCUGUGUACGACUGUGGUAGGGAAGCCAGCGAAUGGUUUUCAAGGAUGCUUAAUAAAACAGCAAGUAGCUUUAGACUCGUUUACUACGCGUCGCAAAAUAGUCGCCAAUGGAGCAAGUCGGUUAAUAAAUAUUUUAAAUUUACAAAGGAUGACACGGGUGCUUUACCAGAUGAAGUGCCUUUUCAUUUAAUAAACCAGGCUUCGGUAGACGAUCUUAACACGAGACUAGAUGGCUGUCAGAUGUCUCCACGCAACUUUAGACCAAAUUUCGUACUUACUGGCGCUAAACCAUACGAAGAAGACGAUUGGAAAUUUAUAAAAAUCGGGGAUAAUGUUUUUGAAGUAAUCAAACCCUGCACCAGAUGUAUUCUAACUACAAUUGAUCCAGAAACCGGUGUGCGAAAUGCGAAAACAGAGCCGCUGGAUACAUUAAAACGUUAUCGUCAAAUCGAAGAUCCAAAAGUCCGCAAAAUAACAGGCAGCACCCCACGCAUGGGCCUGCAGAUCGCUCUGCGCUCGGGACCAGGUGGCGUAAUUUCGCUCAACGACACCAUAUACGCAGCAUAAUUCUUGUGCUUGAAGAACAAUGCUUUUUUAGUUUUUUCAAAAAGUUGUUUAAUUUGUUUUUUUAUCUACCAAUGAAAGGGGUUUUAAUUG